UGUAUUGUUUGUAUAACAACAAACGUUUAGAAGUAAGAGUUGUGAUUUACGACACCUGUUAGGUUUCGGUUGCACUUUCUCUUUCGGAUAAGCGAAAAUAUCAACCCUAGCACAGUAGCCCAGUCAUCUUACUCUAAUAUGGACGACGAAAAACUGAUUUUAUGCACUCACUGCAAUAAAGAGGUGGCGAAGGCAAACUAUGAGCUGCACGAACCACACUGUAAGAGGUUUCUUUGCAUAUGCCCUGACUGUGAUGAAACUGUGCCCCGGGAUCAGCUGGAGCAGCACAAAACCGAACAACACACAGAGGUGAAAUGUAAGAUGUGCAAUAAAAGGAUGGAGCGAAGGCAUCUGUCGGAUCACGAGAAAGAUGAGUGCACCGAGAGGCCUCAGAUCUGUGAGUUUUGUCAGCUUGAGCUUCCUCUGAGCAAUCUAAAAGUGCACAAAGUGUCCUGUGGGAGUCGCACGGAGCACUGCUCUGACUGUGGCCGGUACGUUAAACUGAUGGACCAGCUUGAUCAUGCUCGGAUCUGCUCUGCUACCACCCCCACAACAUCAAAGGACGCCGUCCCUGAGGAAGACGAUUCUGACAUAGAUGAGCCGAUGUUGCGGUGUCAGAAUUGUCUGCAAUGCAUUCAUUCAGGCAGGAUGAAGGAGCACAAGCUGCUUUGCAAACAGCCCUUACAGUCUGCAGGCUCCGAGGAUGAUGACUCCGAGGAAGAUGAUGAAAACCCCAAUCCUGGAAGUAAAAGCACUCAACAGACUGCAGAUUUCUCCUUCUCAUCACUGCGAAAAGAGAAGAUAGACAGAAACACUGACAUGGACCUGGAUGAGAUAAGCACCUGUCCGAUCUGUCACCUGGCUCUUCCUGUAAAGACGCUGGAAUGGCAUGAGAAAAAAUGUGAAUUACACAGACAUCUGGGAACGGCAUGAUGGUUGGUGAAAUCAAAGCUAAAUAUGGUUGCUGGAAACUGCAAACUCGCCUAUCAUCAAAUUAAAUGUUAUAGAAUGUUAUAGAAUAUAUAUAUAUAUAUAUAUAUAUAUAUAUAUAUAUAUAUAUAUAUAUAUAUAUAUAUAUAUAUAUACUGAAACUAAUAAAAGACAUGUUUACAAUACAUUUUAUCAUUGUAAUUUGAAAAUAAUGGCUCUUUAAAAUUUUAUUAAUAGACUAAGUGAAGGAAAGAUAAUGCUAAUGUUUUUAAUCUUGAGUAAGGGUACUUUAUGUACAUAGUUUAUUGUUUUAUUAUUGACUGUUUACCCAUUUUGAGGCAGUUAUUUAGCUUUUUCAUAAAUCUGUUAAACCUUACUGCAUGUUAAAUCUGGACAAACGUCAGACCACAGCAAAAAAUAAAGAUUAAAAACUA